UCCUAGACAUGGCAAUCAAAUAACAGCCAUGUCUAGAUUACGGGUCAGAUAGGAGACCGUCGGUUUUAAUCUGGUUGACUUUCACUGUGGUUUAUUUCAGCGUUACACCUCUGAGGAUCUACGCAGGGUAAAAGCUGAGAUCUGUAGAGGGACGCCGACGGACUGUGAACGCUCCCCGACGGCUUCAUCUGCGACUUUUAUCCGCACAAAAUCAAGAUGGUGUUAAUAAUUAGACGCUAGAAAGGGCGGCAUGUGUUGAGCCCUUAAAAAAAAUAAUUAAAGGGUGUUUCCAGAGGAUCCCGACUGCCAAACACAGAACAGCUGCAAAUGUGAGUCCUGCUCGUUGCAGAGGCGGCGAAGGAAAACAAAAUCCAUCCAGAUGAUGUCAGGAAAGCAUUUCAAGGCUCACGAAGUGAGCUGCUGCAUCAAGUAUUUCAUUUUCGGAUUCAACAUUAUAUUCUGGUUCCUUGGAGUAGCGUUUCUUGCCAUUGGUUUGUGGGCAUGGAGUGAAAAGGGUGUUCUGUCCAACAUCUCAUCCAUCACUGACCUGGGGGGCUUUGACCCUGUCUGGCUCUUCCUUGUCGUGGGUGGUGUGAUGUUCAUUCUCGGGUUUGCUGGUUGCAUUGGAGCGCUGCGGGAAAACUCUUUCCUGCUCAAGUUUUUCUCCGUGUUCCUGGGCAUUAUUUUCUUUCUUGAGCUGACUGCUGGAGUCCUGGCCUUUGUCUUCAAAGACUGGAUCAAGGACCAGCUCAAUUUUUUCAUUAAUAACAACAUUCGGGCCUACAGAGAUGACAUUGAUCUGCAGAACCUGAUCGACUUCACCCAGGAAUAUUGGGAGUGUUGUGGAGCUUUUGGGGCUGAUGACUGGAAUUUGAACAUCUACUUCAACUGUACUGAUUCAAACCCGAGUCGUGAAAAAUGUGGAGUGCCCUUUUCCUGCUGCACCAAAGAUCCAGCGGUAUGUCUCUCUAUCACAAGAUAACGUUGUGGCUGUUGGUGUUUUUGUGUCCUUUGUUAGAGUUUAAAAUAAUUUUUAACAUGCUGAAACUACAAGACUUGAGGGGAAGUUUUGAAGGGCUUUCUUGUCACAGACAGCUUGUAAUCUAUGUUCUCCAGAAGAAGCAGUGACGCUAUGAGCGACGAUGGCUUGCAUCCAACAGGACGCUCAGGACGCUGUGUUUAGUCGUGUCAGGCCCUGACUGCAAGUCAGAGUCUGAAAGCGGAUGGGUGGGACUCUGGACCGAGGCAUUUUUUGGCAGAAAAAUACUCUUAACUGCUGCUUACUGUGCGCAGCAGUGACAGCAUUUUUCUUCAGAAAAACAGACUCAGGAAGGGUUUUAUUUGACAAUCCAAGGACACGCUGUCCCACCAAGGUCAUUCUCUAUAUGGGAAAAAAAAGGAAACACUUGGAUUUAAAAAAGUUGUUUUUCAAAGGCACCGUGUGCUCUUAAUGUGUCUACCAUAUCAAAACAUUUUCAUUUUUUUUUAUUUUAAUUGUUUAGUUGGGUUGUGCAGCAGGUGUCUUUUGUGGUUAUAUUUCAGGUCAGGUCUUUAUCAGCCAGUUUCAAGUCAGUUGAAAGUUGUUGUUUUUUUUGCUGCUAGCUUUCCAUCAAAAAGUAUUAAUUUAAAAUAAAAGGUGACAUUUAAAAUUAGUUUUGUUACCAUCUUUAAAUGCCAUAAAAAUGACAUCCAAAAGCUGAAAUGCUUUUAGUGUUUUUUUUUUACAUUGCUACAAAUGCUGCUGGAAGUUUGACUUCUUUUAAACCUUUUCCUCUGCUCUAUGGAUCUAAGGAAAAGGCAAAGGUUUACCAGAAACCUCUGCCAAGCAAUCCCUCUGUCUGUGACGCCACAUCCAGUGAAGCCAUUUCAUUUUGGCUGACCAUUAAGGAAAAGAUUUCCACCAGACUUUAUUCUCAAACAUUGCCCUUUGUCAGCGGUGUUUUACACAUUUUAUUUUAAUGAUCUGCCCACUAAAGUUUUUAUUUGUUGUUUUCAGAAGUCUAAGAGAACAAAAUUUGACUUCUGGGAGUUAAAUGUUACUGUAGCCCAAGUUUCUGCAGCUGUGGUCCCACACAGUCUUAUAAAGGUUAACCUGACCAGAAAGGCAGAUGCAUCCUUGCACACAAAACGUUGGAGUCGUUUAAUCUUCACAAAUAGAAUAUAAUAGGCAAGCAAACAUAAACAAAUCCUUGGUUUAUAUGCAAAAAUCUUCACAGUAACUGUAUAACCAUGGAUUGGUGAGUUUUACUCAUGAUCAUCUAGUUUUACAGUUUUUAAUGUUGUUAAGGUUCAAAUAUUGAGGAAGGGUACAAGAGGUGAUCGAAGAAUAACCACACUGAUCCGGCCGGGUGAAGUCAAACGAUGAUUUUAAUGAAUACACGCGUGGGAAGACCAUUCUGUACACAGACAGCAAUUGAUCUUCGACUUAAUCAAAGCAUAAACAGAUAUUUUAUACCAUCAGGGCUUGAUUUACUGACGCCCCUUCAACGUCACAGAUACAUUUUAUACAUAGAUCCAUUCAAAACCACAAUGACUUUUAACACAGUUUAAAAGAACAUCGUCUUCCAUCUUCAUUACAGGUGCAUCCUGUCACUGCCGGAUGCUCGCUUGUCAUCUUGACACCUCAGCAGCAGUUCUGCGACAAACUGCUUUUUGCAACCCCAGCAAAACAUGAUUAAACUUUCACCUAUAAAUGAUUCUCUCUAACUGAGUGUGUGUGUGUGUGUGUGCUAACCACAAUCGCACCCUGUUUCACCUCGCGACUAGCUCCUGACCUCUAACCAGACAGAGAGACAGAAACCACUCUCGUAUAUGUAAUAAUCGAACUGAAACUAUGGAUAUAUCGUCUGCUUAAAAUAAAUGUUUUAAUCAAGAACCUCUACUAAAAGUUUAAUAUAAAAAUAUGAAGCAUAUAAAAGAUAUUAAAAAUAACCUGAUAUAAGUGUUUUGUAAGCAUGUACGCAAUCUUUCUAUGUUCUAGUUUUCCUCAGCAUGUAUCACCUGGACAGUCACGCCAGUGAAGCUUAAGACCCUUAAUGAACCAAACAUCAACUCAAAAUAAGCACAGAUAUGCAUUGUGUAUAAAAUAGUUAUAACUGCAUCUGAAAUACAAAGUUAAUAUGAUAACCGUAUGCAUCAACAUCUUAAGGCCAUCUUAAAGCUAUCUGUUACAUUGUAAAGCAAUGAUCAUACUGCAGAUUAUAUUAUUAAUGCAAUGGUAAUGAUGACAAUUAUUCAACAAUAGCAGUAAAAUAAUUUCCCUGCUCCACAUUCCCUCUCUCGACCUCUGGCACACCAGAGGUCGCAAUACAUCGUGUCCUCGCUCUGACCCUCUCUGGCUCAGCAAAUCAGACAACCUCAUGUCAUCUAAUUGGUCCAGUAAUAAACACCAGCUCCCAUUCGAGAACACUCCAUGUGUAAGCUUUGGUUUUCUCGGUCCCUCUCUUGUGGUUCCUCAUGCCUCGAGAUCUCCAGGAUCCUCGCCCCUCCUGUGGUCGCCGAGAUCUUCUGCAAAGGAAACAAAACACCUUUUCCUGCACCUCCCUAACUUAUCCUAUUUGGGACUCUUUAAUCAAAAGCCUGAUCCUAAUUAUGUUUUUAACUUAUUGACUUGUAUUUAUAUAUAUUCUUCAACGUUACUCAUCACUUUAAAACUCUUUAAGCGCUGCUUUCACGUUCGGUUGCUCACUCUAUUUUUCCCUUAUCUGAUCAUCACAAAUUGUCGCUGCUGCAAGUUCCUCUACUCUAAUCUUAAGUCACCUUUUAACAAGAAAAUCAUUAUAAGCGCCUAUUCUACUAAAAGCUCCAAAAGAAAACAACCACUUUAAUCAAUUAAGUUUAAGCAUAUAAGCAAUUACUCCUACAUAAAUUUCAUCAUAGCUAAAUGCUGCCUAAAAACAACUCCUGUGUGUUAACACUAACUUCAUUUUAAACCUCACAUUUCCUAUGUUAUAACCUGUUUUUGGUAUAGCCUUUUUAUUUCAUUUUGCUCCUUUUAAUGUAACAAUACCUUCUAAUUCUAAUUUAUCAGACUUAACCAAAAUAUAUGCUUUCCUUCCUCUUUGGUCCUUCUUUAAGUUCAGUUAAAAGCUAAAUGAAUUUGAGGCCUUUUGCCUGGAAUCAAUACUGUCAUGUGUGUUUCUGGACUCUGUGUCUGUAAGCGCGUGCAAUCCUUUAAUAACUCACAUUUCAUCCUCACAGUAGAUUGGCUAAUCAUAGCGCUAGCCAAAGGCUCGUGACCCUCAAGAGAUGAAUUGAGCCACAACUCCUUUAAAAGCACAAAAUGCAAUAUGUAUAAAAAUCACUUCUACUUAUAAGCUCUCCCCUUUAUCCUAAAAAUAAAUCUAUGUAAUAUCUGUAUGUAAGCCUACAUUAUAACCACUUCUUCUAGAAAUCAAAAAAGAAAUCAAACCUUUUCUACUCCUACAACCUUCACUAGUUUUCCCCAAAGCAUAUCUUUUUGUCAACGUGUCCCACAAUUUCCCUCUAAGAUUUGUAUACAGCUUUAAAACACUGGCAUUGUAUCUACUAAACAGGAUUCAGUUCACUUUAAUCCUUUAACCUUAAGAUAAAAAUAACAGUUUCAGUUUUACCAUAUCCAAAUGAUCAAAAACCCAAAAGUCCUAAAAUGAUCCUAAAUUAUUAAACAAUUAAAUUAUUAAACCCUAAACCCCCCUUUAUUUUGACACAUGAAAUGUGUCAAAAUACUAUACAAAACUAAAAAUGCUCAGUUUCCCCACUCAUGAUCCAAUCUGUG